AACUAUAGCCUAUAGAAAUACUUAACAUAUGUAUUUAUUCAUUCCAUCUUCUUUCACUCUCCCAAAAGUAGAAAACAUUAUCUCAACCAACCAUCACCACUCACGUGGUAGCUUAACCAUACCCAGGAAGUAUCAAACCUCACAGCCAUUCCUCUUCCAAAACUUCAAUGGCUACUUCCUUCAACCACGUUGUUGCUAUGCCUUAUCCUGCACGAGGCCACAUCAAUCCCAUGAUGAACCUAUGCAAGCUCCUUGCCUCUAACAACAACAACAUCCUCGUAACCUUUGUUGUCACCGAAGAAUGGUUAAGCUUCAUCUCCUCCGAACCAAAACCCGACAACAUAAGCUUCCGUUCUAUCCCUAAUGUUAUUCCCUCCGAACUCACUCGCGGCCGCGACCAUCCUGCCUUCAUAGAAGCUGUCAUGACAAAGAUGGAGGAACCGUUUGAUGAGCUACCACUACAAGAAAAAAGCUGAUUUGCUGGGUGAGUUUGCCAGGUGAUAUACACCUUACAAAUUAUUGCAGUUGCGGGGUGCGUAUCACCUCUCAACCUAGUUUUUUUUUAAAAAAUAUAUAUAAAUGUUUUUCCAUCUCGCAAAGUGUGGAGGGAAGGUUGAAAUUUUGAAAAAAAAUGUUGCAGAAUGUUAACCACCCCGCAAUAAUGUUCUAAAAAAAUUAUUGAAAAAUCAAGUAUUAUAUUUAUUGAAAAGUCAGGGUGGCAGGUGAGCAGUUGAUGAAUUUACUGACACAAAAGUUGCGGAGUGCAAUACACCUCGCAAGUCUCAACGCUUUUGUGCGUUGCGGGGUGGGAUGCACCUGGCAAGUUUCCUAAUAAAAUUGGGGGAAAAAUUAAAUCUGGAAAUUAAUGGUGAUACAUAGUAGUGGGGACAUGUGUCAGACAGGUAAGUUGCGGGGUGAAUAGCACGCGGCAAGUCUGAUGGUCAAAAAUAUUGGCUGGGAGUUUUCCACCCCGCAAACUUUUCCUAAUAAUCACACGUAUCCCUUCCAUUUCCCCAGUUUCAGUCUCAGACAUUAGAACCAUUUCUUCCUCUCUCUCUCGUUUCACCAAAAAAUACUCACCGCAAACCUCACCAAAAACCCUAAAAAUCACAUUUUUUCUCCAAAUCAACACAUCAAGACUCAUUGUAAAGUUGCCGGGUUCAAAAUAUAUUUCUGUUGCUGCGUUUUAACUCUAUUAGGCGUUGUGUUUCUUCUCAUUUUCUUCAUCCAACCCAUUAUUAAGUAUGGAAAAUUACAAAUUCUAUCGUAGUUGGAUGUACGAUCGUAUGUAUGCUGGGAGACGUGGACUUAAACCACUUUUUGAGGAAGGAGUUAAAUUGUUUAUUACAUGGGCAUUUCUUUCUUAUAUAUUAUUAAGCAUAUGCACAUGUUUCCAUUUUUUUAAAUUUGAUUAAUACUUAUUUAAAUUUUGGUUUUUAGUUUUGUGCCAAGUAGGCCUCCUGCAGUUAGCAUAAAGGAAGUCAUCCAAGAGUUGUAUAAAGCACCUUGGAAGACUUUCGGACAACUUAUGAAGAAGGAUCCUGAAUUAUAUAAACGUUGGUUCGACAAAUUUCGGAGAAGUGUGUAUGGCGUAUGAGAAGAGCUCCAUUAAUGCAAGAGCUUCACGAGAGGACUUAUCGGGGAAGAGAUGGAGAGUAUUGCGACGACCGUGCUAGAGAUACUCAAGCGGAGUACCAAAGGUUGAAGAAGGAGUUUUUAGCUAAACAUCCUGAGUUAGGCGGUCCACGUGGACGAUAUCCUCUUGAUCCAGCUAUUGAUCAGUAUUUGUGGUUGCAAGCAAGUAAGGGAAAGAAGAGAAAUGGAAAAAUUUAUGCUGCAGGGCCUUUAGCUAGCAACUACAAAAAAGGGGAUAGGUAUUCUUUAUUUAGGAGAAUUGCAGACGGGGAAGGAUCUUCACGUCCUCCGACAUUAACCCCUGAAAUAACUGAAACAAUUAAACAACUAGCUCAGAGUGAAGCAGCACGUGAAAAUGAAACAUUGAGAAAAAAACAAAUGGAGUUGGAGGAAGCAUUGAGACUUUCACAAGAGCAAAUGAUGCUUACUCAACAACAAAUUCAACAACAAGUGCAACAACAAAUACAACAACAAAUGCAACAACAAAUGCAACAAAUGCAACAAUUCUUUCGACAACAAUAUGGUGGUGGUGGAUUUGGAGCGGGUGGUAACCAAAGAGUAGUAGACGAGAAUGAUGAACAAAACGAAAAUAAUGCGGACGACCCGGAUCCUUUGUGAAUAUUAUUUUGAAUUUAAAUAUUUUGGAUAAUCAUGAAUUUCUUUAUAUUAAAUAUGCAUUUCUUUAUAUUAAUUAUGCAUUU